AUGCCGCCCACGCAGCUGCCGGAGAACGGCAACCCGCUGGUCUUCUUUGACAUUACCAUCGGAGGCGAACCCCUCGGCCGCAUCACAUUCGAGCUCUUCAAAGACGUCGUCCCCAAGACGGCCGAAAACUUUCGCCAGUUCUGCACCGGCGAAUCAAAGGACGCGUCGAACCGGCCACAAGGCUACAAGGGGUCCAAAUUUCACCGAAUUAUUCCCAACUUUAUGUGUCAAGGCGGUGAUUUCCUCAAGGGCGACGGAACGGGAUCUACCUGCAUCUGGGGCUACAAGUCAUUCGACGACGAAAAUUUUAACAUCAAGCACGACCGGCCUGGUCUGCUCUCCAUGGCGAAUGCCGGCCCCAACACCAACGGCUCUCAAUUCUUCAUCACCACCGUGCCCACGCCCUUCUUGGACGGCAAGCACGUCGUCUUUGGCAAAGUCGUUGACGGCAUGGACGUUGUGAAGAAGAUGGAGGCGACCAAGACUGGCUACCGAGGCAAGGACGUGCCGAAUCUGGAUGUCGUCAUCGCUCAGUGCGGUGAGAUGUAA